ACGGAUCUGAGGUCAGUAAUCAUGUGUAAAUGAGUGUUCAGGGAGGCCACGGCUCUAUAUUUAGAGAGAACUUACUGGAAUGGUUUACCCAUAGCCCUCCCGAACUGACUAUGAAGCCCGAGCGGCAGGAGCUGGGGCCCGAGAGAGAGAGUGACCCAAUUAAACGUGUUACUUACUGUACACUAAAAAUCACUCCAACUCCAGCCGGUUGUUGGGUCGCUUUGGCCUUGUCGUGCCACCACUAAACCCAGUUAGGGAUUCUCGCACCAGCGCCCGGCGUUUCGUGACUCGGGUUCUGACCGGAAGGGGCGAAAUCCGAUUCAUCAUAUUUCUAUGGAGGACCCUAGGGACUCUCGAGCGGGUGUAGGUGACACCGAGCUCCUCCCCGGCGCUCCUGCGCCGCGUGGAGGCUAUUUUUGGCCCUCCUGUGACAGUCAGAGCGGCUCUCACUGACAGCUGACCGCAGGGGCCAAAUCAAAACAAGCACCGCACCUCCGCCGAACCUGUUACGAGCGCAGAGACCUCGCGUACACUCGCAAUUCUCCACCGGCCUCUGAAUUGGAGCGAGCUUCAGCGAUAUGACCUCGAAUGAGGAGGACAAGGAUCCUGACAUCGAGCUUUUCGUGAAGGCUGGCAGUGAUGGAGAAAGUAUUGGAAACUGUCCUUUCUCUCAAAGGCUUUUUAUGAUCCUGUGGCUGAAGGGAGUCGUGUUCAACGUCACCACUGUUGACCUGAAAAGGAAACCAGCAGAUCUUCAUAAUCUCGCUCCCGGUACUCCUCCGCCAUUCCUUACCUUCAAUGGCGAGGUGCGGACGGACGUCAACAAAAUCGAGGAGUUCUUGGAAGAGAUGCUAGCGCCUCCCAAGUUCCCGAAACUGGCUGCGAAGAACAAGGAGUCCAACACGGCGGGAAAUGACAUCUUCGCAAAGUUCUCAGCCUACAUCAAGAACACAAAUCCAGGAGCCAACGCAAGUCUGGAGAAGGGGCUACUGAAAGCUCUGAAGAAACUGGACAACUUCCUGAACUCCCCUCUGCCGGACGAGAUUGAUGCCGAUAGCACAGGGGAGGAGAAGUGCUCCGACCGCAAGUACUUGGACGGCAAUGAAUUAACGCUCGCAGACUGCAACCUCCUCCCCAAACUGCACGUCGUGAAGGUGGUUUCUAAGAAGUACCGUCACUUUGAGAUCCCGUCGGACCUGAGUGGAGUCUGGAGGUACCUGCAGAACGCCUACGCCCGGGAUGAAUUCACCAACACCUGCGCAGCCGACAGCGAGAUUGAACUGGCCUAUCAGGACGUGGCCAAGAGGCUCGGCAAAUGAACACGCGCUAAUGCGAAACUGCUAAAGCGGUGACCUUUCUCUCGGUGUCAAUGUCUCGUUUUCCUUCAGCGGUUAUUGAGCAGAAUUUGCCUUCAGGACAUUGACCCGGUCCUGCAAUAGCCUGUCGUGCUUGUGUGUGCUUCCCAUGCUAUUGCCAUUACGUUUACUGUCCGCAUAAAGUGACAUAAACUCCUCUAUUAGUGUCGCUAUGUAUGACGGCCUAGAAAAAAACACUGUGCCACUGUUUCUCUGCAGCUUUUCAGGGUUGGAUGACGAUUCUCCUCCGUUAAAGUCCAGUUCUCCCAGCAUAAACCUUUCAAAUUUAAUGUUGUGUACAUUGUUAGCUUGUGAGACGGUGGUAUUAUGUUGCGCUUUACCUAAGAGUAGGGUUUUUAACCCUGGUGUUUAUAAUGGUUAAUGUGCGUAAACCUCCACAGGAGAGAAACAAUUAAUGAAAUGGCUUUAGAAUUGGCUUGAGAACAAUUCUAUUUAAGCGCACAGCCCCACCUAGUGGAUAAAUUAAUAAGAUGAACUAUUUGAAUUAGCCUCGUUCUGGAGCUGAUAAUACUGGCGCGAAAUCAACACAUAUAUUUUAAAAUAAUGAUCGUUUCUAAGCCAUCACAAAAAACUAGCACGUGUUUAGGUCUCAGGUAUCUCUAGCCCUGUCUGGAGUUUUCAGAUAUUUGAAAUGAAUAAUAUUGUGUCUUAUUAAUAAAAUAUAUUUUUUCAUAAA